GUCAUGCUUUAGCUUCCACCUGCUACUAAAAUUGAAGAAUGGAAUUGAAAGGCUAUUGAUCCGAUGUCCAGAUUCAUUCAUUUGUGAAUCUCACAACAUCAAGCUCUCACUGACAGAUCACAGAGACUCUAAAAUCAGCUCUGAUGGAAAUUGCUAAGCCAUUGCCGUAGUGUUUAGCUUUUCUUGUUAAGUGUCCACAUAUUCCUUUCUGUUCCUCUUUAAGGAUGCAGUUUGUCUGUAUUUAGUAGAUCAUGACUUUCAAGACAAGAUGGGCAUAUACCAUUUUACCUCUCUUCACUUCCUCUUUGUUGUUUGUCGAUUCAUAAACUGACAGCAUGACGAGAUUAAGAUGAGAGUUCAGAACGACUUUUUAUAGCUGAUGCAACAUCACUCACUCUCUCUUUAACUGCCUUUUUUUUCAUCCACCCCAUUUAUGUGGUUUCCCCAAGUGAAUGUUGUGUCAAUGCUGCACUUUGCACUGGUCUAAUGGAAAGAGCAGGCCUGCCCCUCACAUCGACACUAUCGAUAUGUUUACACAAGCUUUAGAAGGAAGUAAGAGAAAGCUGAUGAAGGUGGCCUAUGAAAAGGGAGUUUAUUUUCGUCCAACAGAGCCCGAGAUAGACAGCGUGUGAAGGAGUGGAGGAUAGGGAUUAUCCAAGGAAAGAUAAAAAAAAAAAGAAAAAACCCUGCUGCAGACAAAAAUCCGCUUUAUCCACCUUAUCAGGCACCAUGAAUCAGGUGUGGCUGUUCUCCAUGGUGCAGUGUGUGCUGUCGGUGUUCGUGAUCGGCAUGAACGUUAGGCUAUGUAUGCUUUCGGAUACUAGCCGACACCUAAAGAGCGUUUCCUCCUGUCUAAAGUUCUGUUUGGGCUGGGUGGGAGCUAUUGGGGGUGCCCUGGACAUUCCAGUUAACAUGCUGCUGAACCUCAGGAGCACUCAGUGCCUGUACACAUGCAUCAUGCUGGUGUGUGUCCCCCUGCUGGUCAGACAGUUCACUGUGUGGCUGCUGCUGCUUCUCAUCCUCAACACACACCUGCAUUGCAUUGUCGGUUUGGAAACAGGUACACAGGCUUGGUAACACGUCGGCGGAUGCUGUGCCUGGUGCUCCUCAGCUGGCUUUGCUCAGUGGUAACAGCUUUCUCACAGUUUAUUGUGUGCAACUCAAUAGACACUUGGGGCACGGAAGGCCUGGGAUUCAUUUGGACCAACCAUACUCUUCAUAAGCCACACCAUCCGGCCCCAUCUGUGAUUGGCAAAUACCUUCCUUAUGGUGGAUUCCUGUCGAAGUUCCUGGUGGAGGACUUAAACAACUUCACCUAUGCAGAGAUUCACAGCAGUCACUGGGGCGUCUGUGCUCAUGACACUGUUCUCAGUCCAGCCUUUUUAGUCUAUGUCUAUGAUGUUGCUGUUUUUUUCAUCCCUCUCCUUAUUCUGCUUGGUAUCUAUAUAGAUCUAAACUGUGUGAUGUCACACCAGGCUGUGAUGAGUCUCUCUGAGCUGCAGAUGAAAACCUCAGGCUGGUCUCGCUCUCUGGUUCUGUCCUUGUGUCUUCUGGUUCUCCUAUACCUACCCUUACACACCAUCCAUGCUUUGCAUCUCUUUGACCCCAGUCGCCAAUGGCCUCUUUGGGCAAAUUAUCUAUCCUCCAUCCUCUUCCAGGCUUAUGGCUUGGUUCCUCCAGUUCUUUUCAUUACUUCUCGUCAAAAAGGGAGUGAAUCUCUGGCUUUAAAAACAGCUACCCAACAGAUAAAGUCUAUUCCCCAAACACCCUCAGAGAUCUGUUUAACUGAGCGAAUGCCAAAAGGCAAAGCACGUCUAAAGGUGUGAUGCCAUCACGGUGGGUUUCACAAAAUCCAUGCAUUUUUUCUUGCUCUGAAUGAUGCUCAGUAGGCCAAAACCAAUUAGCAGAUUUUAAAUACCGGUUUCGCCCCAGUGACCGCGACGCCUGUCCCAUGAAAACGAUGUAAGCUCUUUCCAACGUUUCUGAAUAAUUAUGAUUUCCUGUCAGCUAGCUGUAAUACUCAAAUUAAUAUUCCCCUGAAACCACCUCAAAUAACAGUAAUGGCACUGUCCUAAUCGCAUCCCUCAGAAGGAUUAACUGGCUACAUGUACUAUAGCCCAGCGAUGAAGACUGAUCGGAGCAUGUUUAAUUAAACCAAGAGCAAUAAUAAAAUCUAGGAUGGGAGUCGGCAAUAAUUGUAUUCAAACAUAAUUGACCUCAGAUUUCAUUGCUGUUUGAUUAAACGUGUCUUUCUCAUGUGGAGCCUGAAUAAAAUGCAUAGCUCAACACUAAUUAGGUUCUUUUUUUUUUAAUAUUGGAAAUAGCGUGGACAAAAAAAUUACCCUGUCUGAUAUUUAAAUUGUACAAAGGUCUAGCUCUUUUCCCUCUCAUUUCACCAACUCACUCUGUGCUCCGUAAAUUUUUUAAGGGUGACAAUCUCUGGCUAGGCCCCCCAUUUUUUCUCUGUCCUGCACAUUUCAUGUUUCAGUGCGUUAUGAUGAGUGGUCCCUUCUGACCAUGGCUUUAACUGUCUCAACUCUCUAUCACUCUUUCUUUCUCUUUUUCCCUCUGAAGCUUUUUCUGUCUCACUGAAGUGGAGGCCACACAACUACCUUUCUGCACAUCAUUAUUGAAAGGUAAGGUAACAAAAAGGCACAAAAAAAAAAAAAAAAUGGAGAGGCCCAUUCGAUUGUACUCGGUGCUUGAAAGAUCUAUUUGUUCCCUGCUAGCUAGAACAGCUCCUUGCCGUAAGCAGUUUUUUAUUUUAGCCAGACUUUCUGAAUUAAUAGGUCACUUCGAAGUAAAAAAAAAAAUUACAUUCAGAGUGUGACUUAGGACAUCGCUAGCCAUCGCUUGUCAUAUCUACCUUUUAAAUUGGUUUAAAGGGCUAGGAAUACAUAAAACAUGCUCUUAUCUUGUUUAUUGCGAUAGUUCUAAACGCAUUUUUUUUUAAUAUCUUUAUACAUCAUAAUGUAGUGCAGUCUUUUUUAGGAUCCUACUUACUGUAAAAAUUUCCUCAACAUACGAUUUGUUUAAGUUUGAAUUUGACAAAUUAACGAUCCUAGCUAAUUAGCCUGCUAGCAUGUCUACGUACCGCUAAAAAUGGGGA